AUGGAUCCCAAAUCCUUCCAGUGUUCCAGCAAAUUAUCGGUUAUGUUCGUUCUGUACUUCUUAGGUGCGGUCUUUGCGGCCAGCGGCAACAUCAUCAAGGAAGCCGGCCAGUCGAAGGCUCAUACUAUACCAAGUUUCAUCAAAAUAUGCCACCGAGACGAUCCUCUCUUGGACGAAUGUGUCAAGGAGUCUGUAGAAGAAAUUAGGCCAUAUUUGAAAGAAGGAAUCCCAGAGCUGCAUAUACCUUCCUGCGAACCGCUGGUUCUUCCUGAGGUGGUGAUGAACCAAGGGAGAGGUUCUGUAACAGUUCAGAGCAGGUACACCGAUCUACACAUCUACGGUCCUACCGACUUCAAACUCCACCAAGUGAAGGUGGAUCUGGAUAAAGAUAGAGUUAAGAUAAAGCUCUCGAUUCCCAAACUGCGAACUAAAGGCAAUUACACGAUUUCCGGGAGGAUCUUGAUGCUACCUAUUUCUGGAAGUGGAGAAAGCAGGGGAAACUACUCAAACAUAGAGGCAACAGCGCUCAUACAGGCAGAAAGAAUAAAAAAAGAUAACAAGACCUACAUUCACGUUCAAGACUUCUUCGUCGACUUCACCAUAGGGCACGCCGCGGUACACCUCAGCAAUCUCUUCGACGGGGACAAACAACUCGGGGACGCAAUGAACGAAUUUCUGAACGAUAACUGGAAGAACGUCGCACAGGAGAUGAAGCCUGUUUUGGAAAAGACAAUCGGAGAUCUGUUUAAGAAAUUUGCUAACAGGAUUUACAACACGUAUCCCAUGGAUGUCUUACUACCACUUUCCAAAUCGAAAUAA